AUGGCCAAGGAAGAGCCGAAGGAAGGAGCCAAGACUGAAAACAACGACCACAUUAAUUUGAAGGUGGCAGGGCAAGAUGAUUCGGUGGUGCAAUUUAAAAUUGAGAGGCACACACCACUUAGUAAACUAAUGAAAGCCUAUUGUGAACGACAGGGUUUGUCAAUGAGGCAGAUUAGAUUCCGAUUUGAUGGGCAACCAAUCAAUGAAAUAGACACACCUGCCCAGCUGGAAUUGGAGGAUGAGGAUGCAAUUGACGUAUUCCAGCAGCAGACAGGAGGCGCUUACUAA